ACAUGAGUCCUAACUAGUCUAUUUAUUGAGUAACUUUCACUUUUAACGUCACUCCGUUAACCGCUUUCCAUGACGCUACAGUUACUACGCGUCAUACGUAAUUCAUUUGCAUUUCGUUCAGAAAAUUGCAUUAAUUUGAAUCGCCAUUGCAAGUUGUUACGUACGAGCGAAUACCGUUAUUCGGAGUGGGGGCAGAGAGUAGGACGCGCGCGGGGGGCACGUAUCGGAGGCGCGGGAGCGCGGCGAGUUCACUCUGUCACUCGGUCAUUACGGUACUUUUCUGUAGCGCGUCCCACAUUUACGAUCGUGAAAGAAAAAGUGACAAUGCCCGAAAACAAACAGUUUCAACGCCUUCCGAAGAAUGUCGUACCUAAACAUUACGAUCUAGAACUGGUGCCAGAUCUCGAGAAACUAACGUUUACGGGAAAGACGGCAGUGAAAGUAUCGAUCGUCAAUCCUACCAAAGAGAUAGUGCUUAACUGUUUGGACUUGGAUUUGAAGAGCGUUAAGUUACAGUACGAAAAUGGAGAGCCUCUGUCGCCGGUGGAAGUGCGACUCAGCGCAGCCGAAGAGACUGCCACGAUUGCGUUCGCGGAGUCGCUGCCGGCCGGCGAUGCCGCUCUGCAGUGCGAGUUUACCGGCGAGAUCAAUGACAAGAUGAAGGGGCUGUACCGCAGCAAAUACCUGACGCCGAGCGGCGAAGAGCGCCACGCGGCCGUCACGCAGUUCGAGGCGACGGACGCGCGCCGCUGCUUUCCGUGCUGGGACGAGCCCGCCAUCAAGGCAACCUUCGACAUUUCCCUGCGCGUUCCCGCCGACCGUGUUGCGCUCUCCAACAUGCCCGUGAAGGAGGAACAGAUUACUGACAACACACGAUUUGUGAGGUUUGACACAACUCCAAUCAUGUCCACUUAUCUGGUAGCCGUUGUAGUGGGCGAGUAUGACUAUGUGGAGAAGACAUCGCGCGACGGCGUCUUGGUGCGCGUGUACACACCUGUGGGCAAAAGCAAGCAGGGCAUGUUUGCACUGGAAGUGGCAGCCCGGGUACUGCCUUACUACAAGGAGUACUUUGACAUAGCCUAUCCAUUGCCUAAAAUUGAUCUGAUUGCUAUAGCAGAUUUUUCAGCUGGUGCUAUGGAAAACUGGGGCUUAGUGACAUACAGAGAGACAUGCUUGUUGGUAGAUGAGGAACACACAUCUGCUGUGAGACGGCAGUGGAUAGCCCUUGUAGUUGGUCAUGAGUUGGCUCAUCAGUGGUUUGGCAACUUGGUCACUAUGGAAUGGUGGACUCAUCUCUGGUUGAAUGAGGGCUACGCUUCAUUUGUGGAAUUCUUGUGUGUCAACCAUCUGUUCCCCGAGUAUGAUAUUUGGACUCAGUUUGUUACUGAAACUUACAUCAGGGCUUUAGAGUUAGAUUGUUUAAAAAACUCACACCCCAUUGAAGUGCCAGUAGGCCACCCAUCUGAGAUUGAUGAGAUAUUUGAUGACAUCUCAUACAACAAGGGUGCUUCUGUCAUUCGCAUGCUGCACAGAUAUAUUGGUGAUGAUGAUUUCCGUAAAGGAAUGAACAUCUACCUUACUAGACAUCAGUACAAAAACACUUUUACUGAAGACCUAUGGGCUGCUUUGGAGGAAGCAUCAAAAAAGCCUGUUGGGGCUGUGAUGUCCACAUGGACUAAGCAGAUGGGUUUCCCAGUUGUACAGGUAAACUCGAAACAAAGGGGCAAUGAUCGCGUGUUGACGCUGACUCAGCAGAAAUUUACCGCGGAUGGUAGCCAGGACCCUCAUGAUAUCCUAUGGAUGGUUCCCAUUACUAUUUCUACGCAGGAAUUUCCUUCUAAGGUGGCAUUGUCUACAGUUUUGGAUAAACGAACCCAAGAAGUUGUCCUAGAAAAUGUUUCAGAGUCUUCAUGGGUUAAAUUAAACCCUGGCACAGUGGGUUACUACCGGACUCGGUAUGAGCCGGGCAUGCUGGCGCAGCUGGUGGGCGCGGUGCGCGACGGCUCGCUGCCGCCGCUCGACCGGCUCGGGCUGCUCGACGACUGCUUCGCGCUGGUGCAGGCCGGACACACGCACACGCACGAGUCCCUGAAACUCAUGGAGGCAUUCAACAACGAGAGCAACUUCACCGUCUGGUCGUCAAUCUCCAACUGCAUGUCCAAGCUGAGCGCGCUGUUCUCGCACACGGCCCUAGACAAGCCGCUUAAGAACUAUGGGCGGCAGUUGGUCGGACCGGUCACUAAGCGCCUGGGCUGGGACGCGGAGGAUAAGGAAAGUCAUCUGGACACUCUGUUGAGGAGUCUUGUGCUUAACAAAAUGAUCAGUUUCGAGGACCCCAACACCAUCAAGGAGGCUAAGAAUCGAUUCGAGAAACACGUGUCGGGCGCGGCCACACUGCCAGCGGACCUGCGCUCGGCGUGCUACCGCGCCGUGCUCGCGGACGCGGACGAGGCCACGUUCCAGCGCUUCCUGGAGCUGUACCGCUCUGCGGACCUGCACGAGGAGAAAGAUCGUAUCAGCCGCGCGCUGGGAGCGGUCAAGGACCCAGAGCUUCUGAAGCGUGUGCUGGACUUCGCUGUUUCGGACGAAGUGCGCGCCCAAGACACAGUGUUCGUGAUCGUGUCGGUGGCCGUCAGCAGGAACGGCCGCGACCUGGCGUGGCAGUUCUUCAAGGACCACUGGCAGGACUUCAUGAAUCGCUACCAGGGCGGCUUCCUUCUGGCGCGACUAGUGAAGUCCACCACCGAGAACUUUGCCUCCGAGUCGGCCGCUCAAGAAAUAGAGGAGUUCUUCCGCACACACCACUCGCCCGGCACCGAGCGCUCCGUGCAGCAGGCGCUGGAGACCGUGCGGCUCAACGCGGCCUGGCUGCGCCGCGACCUCGCCUCCACCACCACCUACCUGCAGUCCUACCACUGACGGUAACUACUGUCCUCACUCACACCACUCCC